GAUGGUGGACAACCAGGAACUCGAUGUAGCCACUGUGUUCGCAACGGAAUCGACUGCACUCAUGCAGAUAUAUUCAAGGUGCAGCUAAUUCGAAUCUUUAUCCGUUACCACUUGCUCAACAAACAUAACAAGACUUUAUCUUCGGCCAAAAGGUUUUCCCGGCUCCUUUGCGCCUCGUUUCUAACAGUUGAGUAGCUAUGUUGCGGCGUUGGAACAGCGCGUCGAGAAGAUGGAGGCAUUGCUCCGCAAGCUCCUUCCUGGAAUAGAUUUUACGGAACAUUUAGAAAACGACACGGAUAUAGAGCCUCUCCGUCCACAUCCCGUUGAAGCACUUCCACGAAAUGAUGCAGACUCUAUUGCGCAGACCCUCAGUAAGCUACAGCUCGAUCCAGAGAAGAACCGAUUUUUCGGCAAAUCGAGUGGAAUUCAGCUCGUCCAGGUUGCGCUUAACUUCCAAAGUAACCUCACAGGUAUUGCACCAGAGAUUACCCGAAGACUACAAAAGAGGACGGAGUUUUGGCAGCCCGCCUUUUGGAUAUACCCGCCUUUGGGAGAUGAUAGUCCCAAAUAUGAAUUCCCGGAACCCGCGCUCAUGACAUCCCUAAUCGACCUCUAUUUCGAGCGAAUACAUCCAUAUUACCCACUUCUACAUCAACCCACUUUCCGCACCCAGGUCGCAGACGAGCUACACUUGCGGGAUCAUCGAUUCGCAGCCACGUUACUCAUGGUCUGUGCUCUAGGAGCACGUCAUUCAGAAGAUCCUAAUGUGCUGCUCGACAACUCCUUCCUCCGUCAUACCGCCGGCUGGAAAUGGCAUAAUCAAGUUCGCGUUCUACCCAAGAACUUGAUCUACAAGCCAGACCUCUAUGAGCUACAAACAAUAGCACUAUCAAGCAUAUACCUUCAAGGCCUCUCAUCAACAGCGAUCGGCUGGAAUCAAAUUGGCUUUGGUUUACGACGGGCUCAAGAUGUUGGGGCUCAUCGGCGGCGGAAGGAUGCAUUGUCCAACUCUGCCGACAAUGAGCGAUGGAAGAGAGUGUUCUGGGUCUUGUUAUGUCAAGAAUGGGACACAGGUACCACUACAGGGCGACCCAUUGCGAUGCAUGAACAAGAUUUUGACCAAGUCUAUCCCAUCGAGUGUGAUGACGAAUUCUGGGACACCAAUUUUGAGCAACCCAGCAAUAAACCUUCGCAGCUGACAUAUUUUAUAUAUUUAAUCAAAUUACUUGAAAUUCAAGCUGCGGUCACGAGCAACAUUUACAUUACUCGGAAACCAAGGGACUUCUCUGGUCAAGUCUCCUCUCCCUCGGACGCACAGAGCAUAAUGGCGUUCGAUUCAUCACUCAACUCUUGGUUGUCGCAGGUUCCAGACCAUCUAAAAUGGGACCCAGAGCGUCAAGACAAGAUUCAUUUCCACCAGUCAGCGCUACUGCACACUCGCUUUUUCUACGUCCAGAUCCUCCUUCAUCGGCCAUUCAUUCCAGCUCCUCUCGAACUCACAAAAGCCGGGGCUCUCCCUUCCCUUGCUAUAUGUACCAGUGCGGCACGCUCUGUCGUCGGGAUCUUCGAAGCGCUGUUGAAACGCAACGAACACUUGGAAUCCUUCUUCUUGACAAUGGCAUUCACGGCUGGCAUUGUCCUCCUGCUCAACGCAUGGAGCGGGAAGCGAUCCGGUUUCGCUUACAAUCCAGUCAAAGAAUUGGAGCAAGUUGAGAUGUGUCUGAAGCUUUUGCGGUCAGGCGAAGAACAACAUCGGGUAGCAGGACGUUACAGCGACAUCCUCACGCGAUUGAUGGAUGCUGGAGCUCGAGAUACCCUUGAAGUUCUCCUCGAUAUGAAGCCGCCUGCGUUGACGGUUGUGCCCCCUUCGCCUCAGCCUGGCUACGAAGCAUAUUCAGCUCAGGACUGGUCUUAUUCUAACUUUCCCAACCUCGAUAAUUUGUUGAACACUGACUCGCCCUUUGUGUUCCCUGACGGAGAUUUCCCAAGGUCUAGGCAAUCUCAAUGA